UGUUGAGGUGAAACGACAAAAAAAAAAAAAGAAAAAGAUUAAUAAAACGAAAGAACUUGGUCUAAUCGUAAAUCCGAGAAACGUUUCGUGUGAUCGAUUUUGUCCUUCGAGUACAGUGCUGUGACCAAAAAGAAAAAGAAAAAAGAAGAAGAAGAAGAAGAGAAAAAAUUUUGUGAUAUCUGGUGUUAUCCAAGUAACCAGCUAAAACCAACCAGCUAGACAGAACGAACAUCAUUGUAUCUCUCUUACUCUAUUUCUCACAGUUACAGAGUUGAUACAGGUAAACCUGCUGGAUAAAUUGAUCGAACCUCCGAUGAUAUCGAGUUAUCAACAACAACAACAACAACAACAACAACAACAAUACGUCGCACUCUAAGAUAAUCUCAUCCUCGUUGCCGAAGAAUCUUCUCGGAACAAACACCGAACGAACUCGAAUUACUGGGACGAGCGAUCGAACGAGGUUCUGACUUACAAAAGGUGUCCUGCGGCACGCGAUGCGAUUGUGCAGUUCCGUGGAUAGGAGUGGAACGUUGCCUGAGACGGAGAUAGAAAGUGGCUGCUGUGGAAGUAAGAGCAAGUGGUGCAUUGGCGAGAUGAGGUUGAUGCAGAGGCUAGCGAUCAGUGGACUUUUUUCGGUGAUACUGAUCGUUCUAUUAACUGGAACAUUCGUAACCAGACGCGACCUGACCAGUGUCGUUGAAAGAGGUGUCGCACCAGAGGAACGUGCGGAACAAGUAAAUCCAGCUUGGAUCCAGGAUAAUGCUGUACCUAUUGGUGGUGCUGGUGGUGGUGCUGCCGAUGGUGCUGGUGCUGGUGCUGUUGCUGGAGGACUUGCUGGGCAAGGUUUGGCUCGCGAAGAGAACAGAAUCGAAGAUAAACAAGAUCGACGAAUGUUCACCCUCGUUAGGACGGUUCAUAGGCCUUCCGUAGUUUCUGUUGCCGUUGCACCACCACCAGCACCACUUCCAGGUCCUUACGUCGUUAGACCACCCAACCCGCCAUUGGAUGAUGUCACUCAUCAACGACGUGAGAAGAUCAAGGAGAUGAUGAAGCACGGCUGGGACAAUUACGUGAGGUACGCCUGGGGGAAAAACGAGCUCAGGCCGAUCUCGAAGAAGGGCCACAGCGCCAGUAUCUUCGGCACGUCCACGAUGGGUGCGACCAUAGUCGAUGGUCUGGAUACCCUUUACAUCAUGGGUCUGCACGAUGAGUUCAAGCAAGGCAGGGAUUGGAUUGCCGAGAACCUGGAUUUCGAUAUCAAUUCAGAGAUAUCGCUAUUCGAGACGAACAUUCGUUUUAUGGGAAGUCUUUUGGCUUGUUACGCUCUCACGGGAGACGUAAUGUUCCGGGAUAAGGCGGCCCAACUCGGUGAACGGAUGUUACCAGCCUUCCAAACGGAAACCGGAAUUCCUCAUUCCCUCAUCAACCUCCACACCGGUGCCAGCAAGAAUUAUGGUUGGGCAAGUAGCGGAUGCAGUAUUUUGUCAGAGAUCGGUACGAUGCAUUUGGAAUUCACUUACCUGAGUGACAUUACCGGGAAUCCCGUCUUCAAGAGCAAAGUCGAGAACGUGAGGAAGGUGCUGAAGAAUCUUGAAAAGCCGAAGGGUCUCUAUCCAAAUUACAUUCACCCGAGAACUGGAAAAUGGGGUCAACAUCACAUGUCACUCGGAGGAUUAGGUGACAGUUUCUACGAGUAUCUGUUAAAGGCUUGGAUCCAAUCGGGAAAGGAGGACAGAGAAGCACGUGAAAUGUAUGACGAAGCAAUUGCAGCUAUCAGCGAGCACAUGAUCAAGACGUCACCCGGUAAACUCCUCUAUGUAUCGGAUUUGAAGUAUGACAGGCCUGAACAUAAAAUGGGUCACUUAGCUUGUUUCGCUGGUGGUAUGUUCGCAUUGGGUGCGAGAACCUUAGAAAACGAAGUGUCGGAUAAAUACAUGAGCAUAGCCGCAGGCUUGACCAACACCUGUCACGAGUCCUACGACAGAAGUGUGACUAAACUCGGUCCGGAAGCUUUUCAUUUUAUCGAAGGAAACGAGGCGAGAAGUUUGAAAACCGGUGAAAAAUAUUAUAUCCUUCGACCUGAGACGUUCGAGUCGUAUUUCGUGAUGUGGCGGCUUACAAAGGAUCCGAAAUAUCGCGAAUGGGGCUGGGAAGCCGUCCAAGCACUGGAAAAACAUUGUCGAGUCCCAGGAGGAUUCACGGGACUCCACAAUGUUUACUUAGCCAACUCACCGAAGGAUGACGUUCAACAGAGUUACUUCUUCGCCGAAACGCUCAAGUACCUCUACCUUUUAUUCAGUGACGACGAUCUCAUUAAUCUGAACGAUUGGGUGUUCAACUCCGAAGCUCACGUGCUUCCAAUCAGAGGAAACCCUCUCUAUCGCCCAGCUCCCUCCAUGUAAACUAGAAUCUCAACUUCAUUCGAAGAUGACGUACCGCGAUCGAUGAUUCAUUCUGCAGUGAAAUAUAAAAUGCAGAAGAGAAAGA